CUAUUGCUAUGUAGGAAAAUAUUUCAAUGUUUGAUAUUAUUUAAUGUGCCCUUGUAAGUCUGAUUUUGGGAUAACUCCUACUGAAGAUAAACACUAAAGAUGGCUAAAUGCUAAGAUAGCCAUUUAUGUUUAUGUGUUUUUCAGUAUAAUAGUCAACACAUUAAAUUGCAGUUUAUGAGCUUCUUGUAAGAAUAUGAUGGUCUUUUUUAAACACCAGGCCAAUUACAAAUGUUUAAUAAAUAUUUGCUGAAGGUUAUUAACAUUCCUAUAAUGAACUUAAAAAUAAUUUUCAAUGGAUAAGAAAUGUUAAUAUUCUCUCUACACUAUAGUACCUUUGCUAAUAAGUAAAGUUAAGAAAUAUCACUCUUUCCUUUUUCUUCUAGAUAGAAAACACCCUUCUCCACUCACUCUAAACUCUACUACAGAAUAUAAAAUGUUUGAGAGUAUAUUUUUAUCUCCUUAUCUUUGUCCAACCAUUUGAAAGUUCAAAGGUAUUGUUUAAAAUCCAAAUUAUAUUUUUCAAACUCCUCCUCCUAGUUUCUCAAGCUUUUAUAUGUGUGAUACCUGCCAAGACCUAAGUAAGUUGUUAGUGCCAGGUUAUUAGAUGAUGUUAGAUUUUCUCUUCUAAUGCUGUGUAUGUAUCAUUUAUCUUUAUUAACCAUAAAAUCAUUUACUUUUACAGUUUAACUCAUAUUUGGUUUUGUGUUUGUUACAUUUGUUGUAGUAGUUUAUGAAAAAGACCUCUUCAAUUCCCAUCAAAGUCAAGCAAUUUAUACUAAAGUGACAAUUCAGGAAAUAUUUUAUUUUUAUCCUUAAUUAAAAUGGAAAUGAGCUUAACUGAAUUAUAUUUGCCUAUGUUUUGUGUCCAAAUAAGUGAACUGUCAUGGCUCUUUUGUCAUGGAUGAUUACCAAUUGGUUCAAUGAAUAUAGGGAGCACUUACUGUUUUGUAUUCCCAGAUUUUUACCCUCUCCUCCUUGGAAUAAUAUCAUUCUUCUUUGAAGGAAACAGCUUGUUCUGCUUUUCUCACUCCAACCACAUGACUUUUGUUGGUGCAAUAUUGUUUUUCAAACCCCGUCUCCAUAGUCUCAGAAAAUGCACACUUGGAUUGGUCCAAUGCUGAUAGGUCAAAACCCUUCCCUAGAAAAUACAUCUUUGUGUUCAUUGACUUUAUUGCCUUCUUCAUGUUUGUAGAAAAACAUUGCCUGGAUUCGGAGCUUAUAUUGACUUCUAAUAAAACAAAUGGCCAUUUCCUCUCAACUUUAUUUGGCUAUAUGAAUUUAUAAAGAAAAAAAUUCCCAAAGGCUAUAUGUAGCCCAGAGACUGACAAGAUAUCACUUUUUUUUUCCAGGAGUUACAGGCCCAUUUCAAAUUAUUUGGGAGUAGAAACUGUAUUUUAAAAUUGAUAACUUCUAACGCAAUAGAACAAGUUAGUAUUUUUGUAAUAGAAUGUAAGCUCCUCAAGAGCAAGAAUUUUUGUGUUUAAUUUACCAUUUUAUCUCCAAAAUCUAGAAAAUUUUCUGCACAGAGAAAUACUUACUAAAUGACUAAAUGGAGCUGUCUCCAGCUGAGUUUUGUAUACUGAACUUGUACUUUUAUAAAGAAGACGAAUAUAGAUAUAGAUAAAUAGGUAUUACUUUGCUCUCACAACUACUGUUAGCUACCUGGACAAGACUGCAUAAAAAGUGAAGGGGAAAGGAGUUUAUAACACACUAUGACCGAAAAGGCCUUCCGUGCGUUUUCGCUGUUACAGUAUGAGGUGAAAACUACCCGAAGUUGUAAAGCAGAACGCUUGGUGGCGCUGCAGGAUAAGAGUGGAAAAAAGUCUCAGCGACUCCAAGACUCCAUAAAGCUGAGCAGUCUCUGGCAGCUCGCAAAGGAAAUAUUUUACACAACUGGGGAUAGAAGGUUUCAGAGAGGCAGCUAUCCCCAUGCCAGUGAGUGUUAAGAACUAACUCAAGAUUAUUAAACCAAGAUUACAGAGUUCGCUGCAAAGCAAUUAUUUUGUGAUUUAAUACUGGAUCUUUUGGACCCAGAGGAAGGAUGGAGACACAGCUACCCAAAGCGCCCCAGAAAAGGCAAGUGACCGCCAUUAUUAUUCUAUUGCUAUUGUGGGAGGCAGGCGGUGAGACCAUUAAGUAUUCUGUUCUAGAAGAGAGGGACAGCGGCUCUUUUGUGGCCAACCUAGCAAAAGAUCUCGGGCUUGACUUAAGGGCACUGGCCGCACGGGGCGCCCGGAUUCUUUCCAAAGGGAACAAACAGCAUUUGCUGCUGAAUCAGAAGAGUGGGGAUUUGCUCCUAAAGGAAAAAUUGGACCGGGAAGAGUUGUGCGGUGACACGGAUCCAUGUAUACUACAUUUCCAGGUGUUACUGAAAAACCCGGUGCAGUUUAUUCAAGGUGAACUACAACUCCGAGAUGUAAAUGACCAUGCCCCAGAAUUCUUGGAAAAGGAAAUCCUCCUAAAGAUCUCGGAAAGCAGCCAUCUGGGGACUGCAUUUCCUUUGAAAAUAGCUCAGGAUUUAGACGUGGGCAGCAACACAGUGCAGAACUACACAAUUAGCACCAACUCCCAUUUCCACCUUUUCACUCGUAAUCACAGCGAUGGCAGGAAAUACCCGGAGCUGGUGUUGGACAAAGCGCUGGACCGUGAGGAGCAGUCAGAGCUCAGGUUAACCCUCACGGCGCUGGAUGGCGGGUCACCGCCCAGGACUGGGACAGCCCAGGUCCUCAUCAUAGUCCUGGACAUAAAUGACAAUGCCCCCGAAUUUGUUCAGCUGCUCUAUAAGGUGCAGGUCUCAGAAAAUAGCCCUAUAGACUCUCUUAUCAUCGCUGUUUCCGCUAGAGAUUUAGAUGCUGGGACCUACGGAGAGCUCUCCUACUCAUUUUUCCAAUCCUCAAAUCAAAUCAUUCAGGUGUUUGACAUAAACGCAGUCACGGGAGAAAUUCGAUUAAAAAGAAUGUUGGAUUUUGAGGAAAUUCGAUCGUAUCAUAUGGAAAUUGAGGCCUCAGACGGUGGGGGUCUUUCAGGAAAAUGCACUGUAGCCAUAGAAGUGAUGGAUGUAAAUGACAACGCCCCGGAACUGACCAUGUCAUUACUCGUCAGUGAUAUCCUAGAAAACACCCCUGACUCUGUGGUAGCUAUUUUUGAAAUUUCAGAUCCAGACUCUGGGGACAAUGGCAAAAUGAUGUGUGCUAUCCAAGACCAUCUCCCCUUCCUUCUGAAACUUACCGUAGAAAAUUUCUACACCUUGGUAACAGAGGGAGCGCUGGACAGAGAGAGCCAGGCUGAGUACAACAUCACCAUCACCGUCACCGACUUGGGGACCCCCAGGCUGAAAACCCAGCACAACAUAACGGUGCUGGUCUCCGACGUCAACGACAACGCCCCGGCCUUCACCCAAACCUCCUACACCCUGUUCGUCCGCGAGAACAACAGCCCCGCCCUGCACAUAGGCAGCGUCAGCGCCACAGACAGAGACGCGGGCGCCAACGCCCAGGUCACCUACUCGCUGCUGCCGCCACAGGACCCGCACCUGCCCCUGGCCUCCCUGGUGUCCAUCAACGCCGACAACGGGCAGCUGUUCGCCCUGAGGGCGCUGGAUUACGAGGCCCUGCAGGCCUUGGAGUUCCGCGUGGGCGCCAGGGACCGCGGCUCCCCUGCGCUGAGCAGCCAGGCGCUGGUGCGCGUGCUGGUGCUGGACGCCAACGACAACUCGCCCUUCGUGCUGUACCCGCUGCAGAACGGCUCUGCGCCCUGCACCGAGCUGGUGCCCAGGGCGGCCGAGCCGGGCUACCUGGUGAGCAAGGUGGUGGCGGUGGACGGAGACUCGGGCCAGAACGCCUGGCUGUCGUACCAGCUGCUCAAGGCCACGGAGCCCGGGCUGUUCGGCGUGUGGGCGCACAACGGCGAGGUGCGCACGGCGCGGCUGCUGAGCGAGCGCGACGCGGCCAAGCACAGGCUGGUGGUGCUGGUCAAGGACAACGGCGAGCCGCCGCUGUCGGCCAGCGUCACGCUGCACGUGCUGCUGGUGGACGGCUUCUCGCAGCCCUACCUGCCGCUCCCGGAAGCGGCGGCCGACCCGGCCCAGGCCGACCCGCUCACGGUCUACCUGGUCAUCGCGUUGGCGUCGGUGUCGUCGCUCUUCCUGUUCUCGGUGCUGGCGUUCGUCGCGGCGCGGCUGUGCAGGAGGGGCAGGGCCGCCUCGCUGGGUGGCUGCUCGGUGCCCGAGGGCCACUUUCCGGGCCACCUGGUGGAUGUCAGCGGUACUGGGACCCUUUCCCAGAGCUACCAGUAUGAGGUGUGUCUGAAGGGAGGCUCAGGUACCAGCGAGUUCAAGUUCCUGAAGCCUAUUCUCCCCAACUUCUCGCCCCAGGUCACUGGGAGAGAAAUGGAAGAAAACCCCACCUUGCGGAAUAGCUUCCCAUUCAGUUAAGUAUUGGAUUAUUCUAUAAUACUAAACCCUACUUAGUAAAUUUGGAAAUCUCUUUUAACUUAGUUACAUGUUAUUGAUGGUCCCUUUCUUGAUUUUUUUUACUACUGCCCCUUAAGGUGAAAUGUAAAGAAUAUUGUCCCCAACUCUAUGGGUGAAGGGGCUGGAAGGGACACCUCGGAAAAUUCUAACUCUAGAAAUAAUUUUGGGUCAAGUAGAAAUCUCAUCUUGACAAGACGUGAUAAAUGAUAAUAUUCACUAAUAUACUAGUUCCCAACCCUUUCAUUCACAUAAAGAGCGUACAUAUCCACACAUCCAUAAUAAUUGUCAUAUUUAUAGUUACCGCAAUUUGUUGAAGUAUUUUACAUUCUGAAUCCCUAGUGUUGUUUUUUUUUAAUUGUUGUUUUGUCGGGGUUUUUUCUUACAAUAGCAGAGCAUGUUCAUACAAUAGCAUGAUGUUUCUCAGGUUUUUUGAAGUAAGAAUUGUAGAAGUGAGAAAUGUUUUCAGAUUCCUGAUAUUUGAGUUUCUUCAUUGGUAUCUUGUUAUGAUUAAGAGAACCGUGUUUCAUGAUUAUCAUCCGCAUGAAUCUAACUAUUGUAAAUGAUGGCUUUCAGUUUUUAAAGUAAUUUUCAUUUAUGCAAAAAAUUUUUGUGACUUCAUAAAUUGUUGUAUUCCUGUAGUGUUGUUUUGAAAACACUGUUGUCUUUCCUCAAAUUAACUAAUAUUUUGUUUGGAUAUUUUCUUUUUUUUCUAAAUUGAUAGCAUUUAAUUGGACCAUCUGCUAUAUUUUUAAAGGAUUCAAUCCAUGUGAAGUAGAAAGAAUGUUGGUACACUUACGAUUACUUUUUCAUAAUAAAUGGUUUCAGGUAUGUAAAUGAUGAUUCUCAUUCAUUUAAUAUAUAGUCACAUGAUUCAAACAUAUUCAAUGAGAAAAAAGAAAGCAAAUUAACAUCAUUAUUCCAGCACUCAGAAAUAAUUACCAUUUGAAUUAAUGUUAAAGUCAACAUCAUUCUAAAAUAUAUCUACAAAUGCAUAUAAGAAUAAGUUAAUAGAUGGAAACAAUUUUAUAAAACGGACUUAUAAUAAAUGGCUACCUAUACAAUUAAAACAGCCAGAUUUUGCUUGAAUAUAAUAAAACAAAAAUAAUAUGAAACUAUAGAACUUGCUUAAGUUUAAAUAAAUAAUCCCCAUAAGGUUAAAAACAAGAUUAUGAUAUUCGCAUCACUUAACUGCCUGCUUUAAAAUGAGCAAAUAAACGUUUUUACAUGUCUACCUUACUCUACACACCUUACUUUAUACUUUUCGUUAUAUAUAUUUACCUUAUCGAUGUUUAUAACAUUUACAAUAUAUUUUGAAAAGGUAAUUCCCAUAAUUUAGACAUUUUGUUUUAAAAUUUUGAUUUGUCAUACAAUGCUACAAAAUUUCCAAUUUUAUUCAAGCCUAACUGUCCAGAGGUAACAACUUUUGAAGCCUUUAACUGUUUUUCCUAUAAUGUUUAUUUCCAUAUUUGUAAAUAGUAUGCUUAUAAAAUGCUUUUUCUCAAAUUUCAGUUUUAGGUAUUACCAUUUACAUCUUUUCUUAAGGGGCAUGAGUACACACGCACACAUUCACACACACACAGCCUUGCACGUUUCCUCUACCCCAUCCACUCUCACAGCAAUAUCAAAAUUCUGUUUAAAUAGUGUUUAUAUAUUUAUGACCAUUAAGUAUCACUUAUACCUGAAUCUCAUGGUGUACUGCAAUUUUGUUUCUGUACCUUAAGUUAAUGAUUGUAUCAUUUUUCCACUUUACUUUUCUAUGUACAUAUUUUUAACUAAUCCCCAUAUUUUUUAAAGUCUAAAGCUCCUCAUUGCAUUAUUAAACUCAUAAAAAAUUCUCAGUUCCAUUAUUUUUUUCUUGGAGCCAUUCUGGAGCUAUUCAGACUCCUGCUCAAAUGUGUACUAUUUGUUCUGUAGACCUAUUGCAUAACUGACAGUUUGGAACUUACUUUAUCCAUCAUCCUGGGAAUUUUUUUUAUUUCUCUCCUUAGUUUGAUUUCAUUUCCUGGACUUUAUGGCUUUCUUUUUUUGGUUUACUUCCUUGAGUUCCUGAAGAAUAUUUGGUAAUAAAUUUAUUGAGAAUUUGACAUAUGAAAAAUUCAGAUGUCAUAAAAUCAAAUGUUGAUUUGAUGAUUUUGUUGAGUGUGAAAUUUUAAGUUAGGAAUUAUUUGCUGCUAAUGUUUUGAAGGCAUUCCUUGACUUGUCUCCCCUGCUAUUUAGUCUUCUCCCACUCUUUUUUUUCUUUAAAGGUCCAUUUAUUUUAAAUCUCUACUCUACAUUGUUUAGAUGAGGUUUCAGGAAGGAAUUGAGAUAAACUGGUGUACUCAAACUGGAAUGAAAUGCAGUCUUUACUGUCAAUCAUUUAUCUUAGCUUCCCCAUACCUGAAUCAUUUAUAUAUUUUCAUCUCUUGGCUUGCUGUACUUCAUCAGACAUAGUCCUUUAAGGAGUUUAUAGGUGUUGUAUUUCUCGAAUUCUCACACACUUGAGAAGUACAAUAUAGCUGAAUAUAAAAUUCUUCAGUCAACUUUCUUUUCCUCAGAUAUUUGUUGACAUCAAUAUUACAUUAGUUUUUUCAUCAUAUUUUCUCUAUAUUCAUCUAUUAGUUGGCUAAAUUUCAUCCUUAAGCAGUUUUUUUCAAUAUGCAUUCAUGAGUGCUAAUGCAAUGCUUUAUGAAUUCUUUCCUGUUUACCGCAUUAUUGUCUUUGUAGUUGAGCAACAUCUUGACUAGGUAUAAAAUUAUUGAGCCAU